AGCCAUCAGAAAAAAGCAAAAACCCAUCCAAGCGGUGUCCAGUUGUCAAUUUUACUCCGUUUUUCUUUCUGGUGAAAAAUCCACGACUGACGAUCCCGAAAAAAUCCACUAUUCGACCGAAAAAUGGCAGAUGCUGAGCUUGGAAAAGCGCUGAAGGACCUGCCGAAUCGAGUGCUGAACGUGAGCCUGGAAGAACGCCCGGAAUUGUUCCGUAAUGUGAUCGAUGUUCUGCCGAAUCCGGGUAUCAACGCGACCAUCGUCCGGGGAAUAUGCAAGGUGAUCGGAACCACUUUGACCAAGUACAAAGAUCCGGUUUCGCAAGGACUGGUGCGGGAAUUGCUGGUCGCUCUGCUGAAACAACAUCCGGAUUUGGCGUACGAGCAUUUCAACAAUGUCCUGAAGGCGCUGGUCACAAAGGACCUGGCGGCCGCUCCUCCACUCAAAGGAGCCCAAGCCGCCGUGCUGGCCUUGGGAUGGGCCAAUCUUGUGGCGCUACAUGGCAACCAUGAAUCCGACGUGGGUAAGAAGGAGUUCCCUAAGUUGAUUGAAAUUCAGGCCGGAUUGUACCAACUUUCGCUGACAUCCGGUAUUCAAAAGGUUUCCGAUAAGGCUUACAGCUUUCUAAAGGAAUUCUUCGCCAAGAAGGAAGACAUCGACAAGGUCUACUUCAAAAAGUUGAUAGCCAUGGAGCCCUCAAGCUCGGGCAUCCUUCUCAUGUCGGCAAUUUUGAACUACAACAAGGAAGAAUUCGAAGAUCACACGUUGCUGGACCAGAACAAAGCCAAACUACUGGAUCAUGUCGUAAAAGGAUUGGUAACCGUCAAAACGAAGCCCCAUGCAAGCGACGUAACCGGAUGUUCAAUCCUGCUGAGUGCCAUUACAAAGGACGAAUUUAAAGCAACCAUCCUCCCAGCCCUUCAGCGAUCCAUGCUCCGAUCACCGGAAGUGAUCCUGCGAGCCGUGGGGGCCAUGGUCAGUGAAAUACCCGUGGAUGUGAGCGAUUUUGCCAUGGAUCUCGGCAAGACGUUGGUGCAAAAUUUGGCAUCGAAGGACGAAACCGUCCGGCAGGAAGCGGUCGAAUCUCUGAAGCAAGUGGCAAUGAAGUGCAGUGCACCGAAAGCUGUGGAAGCCCUGCUUAAGGAAGUGUUUGCCGUGUUCAACGGAUCCGGUGGGAAGAUUACGGUGGUGGAGCUGAGGAUCAACUUGCUGCAGGGAGCUGGUAAUCUUAGCAACAACCAAAUCAAGCCAGAAGAUAUCGUUACGAUAAUGCCUACCGUAACAGAUCUUUUCAUCAAAGCCCUCGAAACCGAAACGCAAGAAAAGGUUCUCUGUCACGCGCUGGAAAUGUUCGGACUGUGGUCGGUGAAUUUCCGUGGAGAAAUUCCCACCAAGAUCGUACAAACUUUCAAGAAGGGUUUGGAUGUCAAAGCUCAAGUGUUGCGUACCAGUUAUCUGCAAUGGUUCCUCGCUUGUCUGCAAAACGGGAAACUUCCCUCGGGAAGCGAUUUCACUGCUCCGCUGUCCAAGAUUGUCGAAAAGGCGGCGCAAAACCCAACUCAAACCCCAGCCGUUUCCGAGGGUGUUGGAGCCGCUUGUAUUGUCCUGCUGACCAACCCCAAGGUUAGCGACCAGUUGAAGGACUUCUGGAAUGUGGUGUUGGAUAUGAACAAGAAGGUAUUCUUGGGGGAGAAGUUCCUGUCGGCAACUGCCCCGGAAACUCUCUGCUAUGUGAUGCAGUUUUGCGAGCGUAUUUUGCUGAACCAUUUAGACGAUUUGAAGGGAUCUCCAGAACCACUGUUCAAAACUGUUAUCCACUGCGUUAAUUCGCCUCAUAAGAAGGUACGCAAGUAUUGUUUGCCACUGCUGAAAAAAAUUGUCAACAGUCCGAAUGGCAUUAAUUUGGCGAAGAGUUUGCUGCUGGAACUUACCAACUUUGUCGAAAACACAAAGAUCUUGAAUGAAGGCGAACAGGAAGAGGGAGUUGUUCCAGCACAAGCCAUCGUGGACACGGUUAUGUCUGUGACCGAUAUCGAGUCCAUUCAGAUAUCCGACGCUCAAACAAUUGCCCUGAGCGUGCUUUUGUGUGCUCACCAUCCGGCGCCAGUUUCAGUGCAGUCCGACCUCUGGGAAUCGAUUCUGAAGCGGUACGAAUUGGACGGAAAAUAUUUCAUCUCGAUGAACACUUCCCACAUCAAGGAGGUUUUCUUCAAUGGGUACAAAGCGACGGCCAUGUAUGAGAACACCUUGGCAACCCUCUCGCACAUCAGCCCGGAAGUGAUCCUGCCGGUACUGGUCAAGAACGUGACCGACCAGUUGAAUAACUCGAAGAUGUCCAACGUUACCGACGAGGAGUAUUUCACCUACUUGACACCGGACGGCGAGCUGUACGACAAGAGUGUCAUUCCCAACUCGGAGGAGCAAACCAAUACGGCCCAUUUGAAGCGGGAGAAUAAGGCUUACAGCUACAAAGAACAGUUGGAGGAACUGACCCUGCGUCGUGAAAUUGAAGAAAAGCGUCGCAAAGAAGGCAAAUCCAAACCACCCCAAUUGACCCCGAAGCAAAAGGAAGCCAUCGAGAAGCAAACCGAGAAGGAGAAGGCCAUAAAGACUCGCCUGCGGGAGUUGAACAGUAUUAUCACCACUCUAAUCUCGCAAAUCGAAGGUGCAGCCAAGGGAACUCCCCGCGAGUUGUCCCUUUUCUUCCCUACGCUGCUGCCUGCCAUCCUGAGGGUAUUUUCAUCGCCACUUGCUGCUCCGUCGAUGGUCAAGCUGUACCUGCGCCUGCGGGAAACCUGCUUCUCUGGGGAACUGGUCGAAACGGGUCGAGAUGUGGCAAUUGCUACGAUUCGGCUGAGCAAACCCCACUGCGAUCUGGAGGAGAGCUGGUGCACGGAGAAUCUGCUGGAGCUGGUCAGCGACAUUCUGGUAUCGAUCUACGACGAAACCAUCGAUAAGUAUAACGUGCAUAUUGAGGAGGAUGGAGCGAAAAAUUUCCUGUUGAAUGCUCCGGCGUUCAGCUACACUUUUGAGUUCUUGAAAAGGGCUAUGGUACUGCCGGAGGCAGCGAAAGAUGAAAGUUUGCUGAUCAACGGAAUUCAGAUCAUCGCAUACCAUGCACAAAUAAAGGGCGAUACGGUUGAUGGGCAGGACUUUGAGGAUUUGUACCAUCCGAAGUACAUGCCCCGGUUGGAGAUGAUCAAACUGCUGUUGAACCUGAUUCAGCACCAUAGGGGACGAGUGCAAACGCAGUCAGUGGCCGCUCUGUUGGAUGUGGCUGAAAGUAGUUCCGGAAAGGAGUACACGGCGAAGGCGGACACUCGUGAGGUGGAGUGCCUGUUGGUGGCUUUGCAGGAUGAGCUGGAUGCUGUGAGGGAUGUGGCAUUGAGGGCGUUGGCAAUUAUGAUAAAGGUGCUGCCAUCGAUAAGUGACGAUUAUGAACUUGGAUUGAGGCUGACUAGGAGAUUGUGGGUUGCGAAACAUGAUGUUUGUGAAGAUACUAAACAGCUGGCGGAGAACGUUUGGAUUCAAGGAAAUUUCGAGGUGCCGAUUGUGAUGGCAGAUGAAUUGUUGAAGGACAUUAUACACCCGGAGCCUUGCAUUCAAAAAGCAGCAUCUUUCGCUCUUGUGUCCAUUCUGGCGGAAGACUCCUCUAUCAUCGACAGCAUUCUAGAGCAAUUGUUGGAGAUCUACCAGGACAAACUAACGAUGAUUCCUGCAAAACUCGAUCAAUUCGAUCGUGAAAUCGAACCGGCCAUUGAUCCGUGGGGUCCCCGGAGAGGAGUUGCCAUUGCUCUUAGUCACGUAGCUCCCUUCCUAACCGAGGAGCUGGUGAACAGUUUGACGCAGUUUAUGGUUUCCACUGGGCUACGUGAUCGCGAAGAAAUCGUCCACAAAGAGAUGUUGGCAGCCUCCUUGGCUAUCGUCGAACACCACGGAAAGGUAAGCGUGUCCUAUCUGCUGCCAACGUUCGAGAAGUUCCUGGACGAGGCACCCAACAAUAGCGAUUACGACAACAUUCGCCAGGCUGUGGUCAUUUUGAUGGGUUCGCUGGCGCGGCAUUUGGACCGGGACGACGAGCGCAUCCAGCCAAUUGUUAAUCGACUCCUGACGGCUUUGUCCACGCCCUCGCAGCAAGUUCAGGAAUCGGUUGCCAACUGCAUUCCUUAUCUGAUUCCAUCCGUAAAAGAUCAAGCACCCCAAAUGGUCAAGAAAAUGAUGCAACAAUUGGUCAAGUCGGAAAAGUACGGAGUGAGACGUGGAGCAGCUUACGGCAUUGCUGGAAUCGUCAAGGGCUUGGGUAUUUUGUCGCUCAAACAGUUGGACAUCAUGACCAAACUGACCAACUACAUCCAGGACAAAAAGAACUUCAAAUCUCGCGAAGGAGCGCUGUUUGCGUUUGAGAUGCUGUGUUCAACCUUGGGUCGUCUGUUUGAGCCGUACAUCGUGCACGUCUUGCCUCAUCUUCUGCAGUGCUUCGGAGAUUCCUCGUCUUAUGUACGUGAGGCUGCUGACGAAUGUGCAAAGACAGUGAUGGCCAAGCUCUCCGCGCACGGGGUGAAACUGAUUCUUCCAUCGUUGUUGAACGCUUUGGAUGAAGAUUCCUGGCGUACAAAAACCGCUUCGGUUGAAUUGCUCGGCGCUAUGGCCUUCUGUGCCCCUAAACAACUUUCAUCCUGUCUCCCCAGCAUCGUUCCCAAGUUGAUGGAAGUCCUGGGAGAUUCGCACAUCAAAGUGCAAGAGGCUGGAGCUACUGCUCUGAAAAUGAUUGGUUCGGUCAUCAAAAACCCUGAAAUUCAAGCGAUUGUACCAGUUCUGCUCCGAGCUUUGGAAAAUCCCUCGUCGAAGACCUCACUAUGUCUACAAAGUCUGCUGGAGACCAAAUUCGUGCAUUUCAUCGACGCUCCCUCGUUGGCUCUGAUCAUGCCCGUUGUUCAGCGAGCUUUCAUGGAUCGUUCCACCGAAACGCGAAAGAUGGCAGCCCAAAUCAUCGGAAACAUGUACUCGCUGACCGAUCAGAAGGAUCUCACCCCGUAUCUCCCGAACAUCAUCCCAGGACUGAAGACCUCCCUUCUGGAUCCAGUGCCGGAAGUUCGCGCCGUUUCUGCCCGCGCCUUGGGUGCUAUGGUAAGAGGAAUGGGCGAAUCAUCCUUCGAAGAUCUGCUGCCGUGGUUGAUGCAAACGUUGACCUCCGAAAGCAGCAGCGUGGAUCGUUCGGGAGCUGCCCAAGGUUUGUCCGAGGUCGUUGGAGGCUUGGGAGUCGAAAAGCUGCACAAACUCAUGCCGGAGAUUAUCGCCACAGCGGAGAGAACCGAUAUCGCUCCGCAUGUCAAGGAUGGCUACAUCAUGAUGUUCAUCUACAUGCCGAGUGCGUUCCCCAACGACUUCACGCCAUACAUCGGGCAGAUCAUCAAUCCGAUCUUGAAGGCCUUGGCCGACGAGAACGAAUACGUGAGAGAUACCGCACUGAAGGCCGGUCAGCGAAUUGUCAACCUGUAUGCCGAGUCCGCCAUUGCUUUGUUGCUACCAGAACUGGAGAAGGGGCUGUUCGACGACAACUGGAGAAUCCGGUACAGCUCCGUCCAACUGUUGGGAGAUUUGCUGUACAAGAUUUCUGGCGUUUCCGGAAAGAUGACAACGCAAACUGCAUCCGAGGAUGAUAACUUCGGUACGGAACAAAGUCACAAAGCUAUCAUCCGAAGCUUGGGUGCCGAGCGGAGAAACCGAGUACUGGCUGGAUUGUAUAUGGGUCGCAGCGAUGUUUCGCUUAUGGUCCGACAGGCAGCUCUGCACGUCUGGAAGGUUGUGGUCACCAAUACGCCGCGUACCCUUCGGGAAAUCUUGCCAACCCUGUUCAGCUUACUUCUGGGAUGCUUGGCUAGCACCAGUUACGAUAAACGCCAAGUUGCAGCGAGGACAUUGGGAGACCUGGUUCGGAAACUCGGAGAACGCGUUCUUCCAGAGAUUAUUCCUAUUCUGGAGCGUGGUCUCAACUCUGAUCAAGCUGAUCAGCGACAGGGUGUGUGCAUUGGUCUAUCCGAAAUCAUGGCCUCUACUUCAAGGGACAUGGUUCUGACCUUCGUGAACAGUUUGGUGCCAACGGUUCGUAAGGCUUUGGCUGAUCCUCUACCAGAAGUCCGUCAAGCCGCAGCUAAGACCUUCGACUCGCUUCAUACCACGGUGGGAACCCGUGCUCUCGACGACAUUCUGCCAUCCAUGUUGGAAAGCCUGUCCGAUCCCGAUCCGGAUGUCGCAGAAUGGACUCUGGAUGGUCUCCGCCAAGUUAUGGCCAUCAAAUCACGGGUGGUUCUGCCAUAUCUCAUCCCACAACUGACCGCAAACCCUGUGAACACGAAGGCACUUUCCAUUUUGGCAUCCGUUGCAGGCGAAGCUCUCACGAAGUACCUUCCCAAGAUUCUACCCGCCCUUCUCUCCGCUCUCGCAGCUGCUCAAGGCACACCAGAAGAAGCCCAGGAGCUGGAAUACUGUCAGGCGGUCAUUCUAUCCGUCAGCGAUGAGGUCGGUAUUCGUACCAUUAUGGACACGGUCAUGGAAUCGACAAAAUCCGAGAUUCCCGAAACUCGCAAGGCCGCGGCUACUCUCCUAUGCGCGUUCUGCACACAUUCGCCUGGAGAUUACUCUCAAUACGUGCCACAACUGCUGCGUGGUCUUCUGCGACUCCUCGCCGAUGGCGAUCGAGAUGUAUUGCAACGCUCCUGGGACGCUCUCAAUGCAGUCACAAAGACCUUGGACUCGGCUCAGCAAAUUGCUCACGUAACAGACGUCCGUCAGGCUGUUAAAUUUGCCAGCAGUGACCUCAAGGGCGCCGAACUCCCCGGAUUCUGCUUACCCAAGGGUAUUACACCGCUCCUUCCAGUGUUCCGUGAAGCUAUCUUGAACGGUCUACCAGAAGAAAAGGAGAACGCUGCUCAAGGUCUGGGUGAGGUGAUUCAACUCACUUCAGCAUCUUCGCUGCAACCGUCCGUGGUCCACAUUACCGGUCCACUGAUUCGUAUUCUUGGUGACCGUUUUAAUGCCGGAGUCAAGGCCGCUGUCCUAGAGACCUUGGCCAUCCUGCUGCACAAGGUUGGCAUCAUGUUGAAACAGUUCUUGCCACAACUGCAAACCACAUUCCUCAAGGCACUGCACGACCCAAGCAGAAUCGUACGCAUCAAGGCGGGUCACGCUCUGGCAGAACUGAUCGUAAUCCACACCCGCCCGGAUCCGUUGUUCGUCGAGAUGCAGAACGGCAUCAAGAACACAGAUGACUCUACCAUCCGGGAAACUAUGCUGCAAGCACUGCGAGGAAUUUUGACCCCAGCCGGUGACAAGAUGACCGAACCAUUAAAGAAACAAAUCUACUCCAUGCUCUCCGGAAUGCUUGGCCACCCAGAAGACGUAACUCGAGCAGCUGCGGCCGGUUGUCUCGGUGCCCUCUGCAGAUGGUUGAACCCAGAUCAACUUGACGAUGCGCUCAACUCCCACAUGCUCAACGAAGACUACGGCGACGAUGCGGCACUGAGGCAUGGACGAACCGCAGCACUCUUCGUCGCCCUCAAAGAAUACCCAUCCGCAAUCUUUACCGACAAGUACGAAGCCAAGAUCUGCAAAACUAUCGCCUCCUCUCUGAUAUCCGACAAGAUCCCAGUGGCGUUGAACGGAGUACGAGCAGCUGGCUAUCUCCUGCAAUACGGAAUGUGCUCGGACGACGUCAAACUCCCUCAGCAGAUCAUUGGCCCAUUCGUUAAAUCAAUGAACCACACCAGCAACGAAGUCAAACAACUCCUUGCCAAGACCUGUCUCUACCUGGCGAAAACUGUACCCGCAGAAAAGACGGCGCCCGAAUAUCUUCGGUUAGUGAUUCCGAUGCUCGUCAACGGAACUAAGGAAAAGAAUGGCUACGUCAAGUCCAACUCGGAAAUAGCUCUAGUCUACGUCCUGCGGUUACGAGAAGGUGAUGAAGUGCAUCAAAAGUGUAUUGCCCUGCUGGAACCGGGAGCACGAGAUUCCCUCAGCGAAGUGGUCAGCAAGGUACUGCGCAAGGUCGCCAUGCAACCCGUUGGCAAAGAAGAGGAACUAGACGAUACGAUUCUUACGUGAUUGCUGCGGCCUCCACCACCACUAUCCACCGCAUGGCAUAGGAAGCAGUAUCAAAUGCAUGGUCCUGAUCCAGUGGCUACCAUUUCAAGACCCGCCGCAGCAAUGGGCUCUAAAGUUUCGUUUACGAUUACUAUCCAGCUGUUAGGAGGUUACAAUUGGCUCAUAUGGAUCGAAAAUAAACUAGAAAUUAGAUGUGGAAAUAAGGCUCGCCAUCCGGCAUUUACGGUGGACUACAAAAGAAAGUCUUGAUUAGUGUUUAAUUCGCGUCAUAAUCAUAAUCAGUAUCGUACGUAUCGUGAGGAUCAUUGUCGGGGUCGGGAGAUAUCCCAGUGCUACCACCCAUUAUCAGUACUACCACUAUCAAUAUUACAGGACAUUCGAUUUAAGUCAAAACUUUUUAUAGGCCAUACCAUUUCCAAUAAUCGUCAUUACGUGAAAGUCUGUGUAGUUGCUAUAAACCUAGUUGAAUACAGUC